UUCUGCGAAUAAAUAUAAAUACAUUGUACUUUAUACCUACAUGAGAUUGACACUGAUCCAAGCUGCUUUGACCUGAUUUUGUGGAGUAUGGACUAAAACUGCAGGUGUCACAUUGAAAGAAAAUCAACACAAAUCUUAAAAAAGUGUUUACAUGCAACUGGUGGUCCCAUAUUUUAAUACUAACUGAAGGCAAUACCAGACAGAAGAAAAAUGUCAGCAGCAUUGGCGAAUAUCAACUAUUCAGUUCUGCCUUUGGAAGUUCGGGCUAAAUUGGCGGAACUCGAUAUCGAAAUAUCAGAAGGCGACAUAACGCAGAAAGGAUACGAAAAGAAACGCUACAGAUUACUUGAACCCUAUCUCCAUGAACUGCAGAAAGCUGCUACACGUUCUGUGGGGGAGAAACACAGAGGCCAAGUCCGGAAUUUAAAACCACCUAGACACCAACAGGAACAGACGAGAAUACCUCCCAACAAAAGCAAGAAACAAACUAAAGUCCAGAUGAGCCGGCAUCGACAUUCAAGGAGGGACGACCGCUAUAGAUCAGACGCGCACACUGAGGCUGUGCAGGCCGCACUUGCUAAACAUAAGACAAAAAGGAUACCUGUCCUACCACUACCUGUGAAGCGAAGAUCUUUGAUGGUUCAUGGUGGAAUCAACAGUGUUGGGGAUAGUUCAGAUGACGACAUGGAGACGGAUGCUUCCACUGGUGAUGAUGGAUCAUUACAGAGGAGGACGGAUGAUUCCUCUUCUUUAUCGGGUGGAAGUGCUGCUCCCUCCCCUCUUUCUCAUCAGAGAGGGAACAUCCAAACUCAACUCACAAAAGAAAAGCAGGUGAUCUCUCGUUCUUCCUCUUCGAACUCGAAAUCCCGCUCCUCAGCGGAUGACAUGUCAUCAGGUGAGCGGAGACGUGAUGAUUCAUCAUCCAGUUCCUCCAAGUUGAAGAGUUACCCUCAACCCACCCCGCUAGCACAGAAGCUGGCUGACAUCAUGCCACAAAUUCUUCCCGGGAGUCGACCUCUGUCCCAAAAUCUUCCUCCAGAUGUUGCGAACAUCUCCAUGAAUCCCCCCUCCUCCUCCAACACGACCCCAUCCUCCAUGACGACCCUGGAAUCCUCGGAUGUCAACAACGUAUGGAGGUCAAUGUCCUCCAGACCAUCCCUAACAAGCAUGGAUGGGGAAGAAGAAAACCUCUCUGUUACCAAGGUGUCAGCCAAGAUACAACAAUUACUUCUAACUUUAAAGCGUCCAAGGAAAAAGCCAUUAGCUGAAUACUUUCAAGACGACCAGGAGGAGUUAUUGGAGAAUAUUGGCCUCGAUGAAAACGCACCGAAACCAGAAGGACCUGUCACUGCACCAAGGGAAGGGGGUCAACUACCAUCUCAAAGUAACAUCCCACACUCUAUAGAAGCAGCAAUACAUAGGUGUGGGACGGCCAACCCUAAAGCUCCUUGCCUCACCUCAGUGGAUAUGACGGGGAAAACAGCUUACACUCUGACUUAUGGUAAACUGUUGUCUCGUAUGCGUCGUGUAGCUUACACGUUACAAGGGAAGAAGAAUGGCUUGUUACCGGGCCAGCGUGUGGCUUUAGUUUUCCCAAAUUCUGAACCCGUUCCUUUCACCUGUGCAUUCUAUGGAUGUAUGCUGGCAGGUUUGGUUCCAGUGGUAGUGGAAGUACCCAUGUCUUCAGAGGAUCCUGGAAGCUCCCAGCUUGGGUUUCUACUUGGAAGUUGUGGUGUUGCCACGGCAAUUACUUCGGAUCAUUGCUUAAAAAGACUUCCGAAAAACGAGCGUGGAGAAGUCAAUCAAUUAAAAGGUUGGCCCAAGUUACAAUGGAUCGUAACUGACUCGAAUCAUCUUCAACGACCACCAUCGAAUUGGGAGCCUUCCGGCCACAACCUUAUCAACCAACUUGCGUACAUUGAAUACAAAACAGGGAAAGAGGGGAGUGUUGUGGGCGUGGCACACACGAGAGCUGCAAUACACCGACACUGCAGAGCACUGGUAGGAGCACUUUGCUACAACGCAGCGGACAUUAUGGUUAAUCUACUUGACUUUAAACGAGGCUUUGGACUUGUGCAUGGCAUCUUAGCUAGCAUGCUUAGUGGAAUGCAUGUAUACUGCAUACCAUACGCACUCAUGAAGCAAAACCCAAUGCAAUGGCUUAACAUUAUAACAAAGAACAAAGCUUCCCUUGCGUUGGUCAAAUCCCGGGACCUUCAUUGGACUCUAGCCAUGCAACGGGAUAAUCCGAAUAUUAAUCUCAAAACAUUAAGGAUGCUCCUUGUUUCUGAUGGUGCGAACCCAUGGUCGAUUGGGUCAUGUGACAUGUUCCUGACGGAGUUUGAGAAGCGAGGUUUACACAGAGACGCCUUAUGCCCGUGCGCGUGGUCGGCAGAAGCAUUGACUGUUGCAGCAAGAAGACCUGGCACCCAUGCAUGUAGAACAGCCCUUUCCUUGCAAGAUAUGUCGUAUAAAGUAAUCCACGAGGAACCUCCUAAUAGCCAAGCUCCAUCAGUUGUGCUGCAGGAUUGUGGAAACGCUCUGCUAGGCUGCACUGUCGCAGUUGUUUCCGUCACUGGAUCCGCAAAUCUCUGCAGAACGGAUGAAAUCGGUGAAAUCUUGGUUUGCCCAAAACCAACAGACAGCGCUGAUGAACCAGCAGGCUCGUGGUAUUAUGGUUUGAGUGGGAUCAGUGAAAAGAUGUUCAGAUGUCACCCAGUAGACGAGAGCAACCACGGGCAAACAGACAACGGACUUUUCAUUCGAACUGGUUUGCUCGGAUAUAUGAACCCGAGCGGGAGACUCAUGGUAACGGGCAAAUCUGACGGGAUGGUUCAAAUCGCUGAAAGAAUCCACAACUCAGAUGAUAUAGUGGCCACUGUGUUAGCGAUUGAACCGAUUAGAUUCGUAUACAGAGGAAGGAUUGCUGUUUUUGGAGUAACAGUCCUUCGAGAUGAAAGGCUUAUCGUUAUUGUGGAACAAAAACCCGAUUGUUCGGAAGAAUUAUGUUUUAAGUGGAUGAGCAGUGUUAUGCAGGCUGUUGAAAGUGUGCAUGGUGUUGGAGUGUAUUGCCUUUCUCUUCUUGCUCCGAAUGCUCUUCCACGAACUCCACUAGGUGGAGUUCAUCUCUCGGAGACAAGGUCUCGUUUCCUCGAGGGAAAUCUCUCUCCUCGCAACAUUCUGAUGAGCCCGCAUCAGUGUGUCCUCAACCUCCCCAAACCAAGACAAAAACACAGUGAUGUUGGUCCGGCCUCCAUCCUACAGGGCCAAGUUAUCACUGGUGUUCGGCUUGCAGAAUCCCGGGGUCGGCAACUUACCCCCCUUAAUGAUGACGAGGUCGGUAAAGGAGAAAGCAGAAAGUUUCAAUAUCUUUCCGAGAUUCUUAAAUGGAGAGCACAAAGCACUCCCGAUCAUGUCCUUCUUACCCAGAUGGGAAGCAAGGGCGUUGUGACAAACCACUUAACUUGUUCCCAACUACACAAGAAAGCUGAGCGUAUCGCCCAACUCUUGCUGUCCCAUCCGACCCCCCAUGGUUUGAACUCUCUCUCGACGGGUGACCACGUCGCGCUUCUAUUUCCUCCAAGUGUUGACCUAACUGCUGCUUUCUACGGCUGCCUCUACGCUGGUUGUGUGCCGAUUCCAGUGCGACCUCCACACAUGAAAUCUAUCGCGGCAACACUUCCAACAGUGAGGAUGGUAGUCGAGGUGUCCAAAGUAGCUGCGGUAUUAUCUUGGGCUUCUGUUAUUAAACUUCUUCGUUCGAAAGAAGCGAUCGCAGCCUUACAAUCAACCACCACCCCUCUCUGGCCCCCUCUGCUGGACAUCGAAGACUCCCCCAAAAAGCGCGUACCGAUCAGCUACCGACCCCCCACACCAGAAAUGCUCUCCUAUAUCGACUUCAGCAUCACAACAGCUGGAACAUUAGCUGGCAUCAAGAUGUCACAUUACUCUUCAAGUCAGUUAUGUCGUUCCAUGAAACUACAAUGUGAGCUUUAUCCUUCACGUAGUGUUGCACUGUGUCUGGAUCCAUAUAGUGGCCUUGGUCUAGCAUUGUGGUGUCUUAGCAGUAUAUACUCUGGCCACCAAUCCAUACUCAUAGCUCCUGCAGAGCUCGAAACAAACCCACAACUGUGGCUGCAAACAUUGAGCCAAUUUAAAGUACGAGAUGCGUUCAUAUCUUAUGGAGUUGUAGAGUUCUGCACCAAGGGUCUGGCUGCUCACAUACCUACUUUAAAAAGUCGAGGGGUUUCUCUUGCUCACAUCCGCACAUGUGUCAUUGUGGCGGAAGAAAGACCACGCGUUCGACUGACGUCAAACUUUACCAAGUUAUUCAGGGACCUUGGAUUGUCUUCACGCGCUGUCUCCACUGCGUUUGGAUGUCGUGUGAACGUCGGUAUCUGUUUACAGCCACCUCGGCUUGGCAUUCUGUCCGAACAAAUAAUAUCUGAGGAGCCUUACAUGGGAGCCUCAUGUCCUGACCCCACCACAGUGUAUGUUGACAUGAGGGCACUCAGGAACGACCGAGUAGCUUUGGUAGAAAAAGGUUCCCCCCAUAGUUUGUGUCUAAUGGAAACUGGAAAGAUACUACCCGGCACUAAAGUGGUGAUAGCCGACCCUGAUACUCUGGGUCAAUGUUCGGACUCCAGGUUGGGUGAGGUGUGGGUCAGUAGCCCCCACACAGCUAAGGGUUACUACUCUAUUUAUGGGGGCGAUGCCGAUAACGACUAUCUGGACCAUUUCCAAGGUUACCUAAAAACAGGAGACACCCAAACUAAAUACGCACGAACGGGUUUCCUUGGAUUUCUUAAACGAACCGAACUCACUUCUGCAACUGGAGAGAGACAUGAUGCUCUGUAUAUUGUUGGUUCUUUGGAGGAAACGCUUGAGUUACGAGGAAUGAGAUAUCACCCAAUCGACAUCGAGAACGCAGUUGUUCGAUGCAGCAACAGAAUCAUAGAAUGCGCCGUGUUUCACUCCACCAAUCUUCUUGUUGUUGUGGUUGAACUCGAUGGAGUUGAAUCCACAGCCCUGGAUCUUAUUCCACUGGUGACGAACGUGAUUCUCGAGGAGCACUACCUGAUCGCGGGAGUUGUUGCAGUUGUUGAUCCCGGAUCAAUCCCCGUCAACUCGCGAGGAGAGAAGCAGAGGAUGCAUCUUAGGGAUUCGUUUCUCCAAGAUCGACUUGAUCCGAUAUAUGUUGCUUACAACAUGUGAUGAGACGUUAGUUCACUGCCAAAGCUGAACUCUGUGCAGUUUCCUAUGGGCCGGUAGUGCCCAUGGAAAGAGUCUUCAACCUAAACCUAUGCAAGAUGGGACAUCUGCCACAACGGCCAACACUGGACAGAGUUUACAAAUCACUCUUAAUGAUAAACACAAACUUGCUGCUCUUACCCGAAUUCUCUUCUGCGUUACAUUUCUCUACAUUGGUUUUAAUUUAUUUUUCAUUGUUGUUCUUUUAGUUUUUCCACUUUAUUGGUAUCAGUUAUUACAUAUCUGCAAACCCUGAAUGCAAGGGGCGUCAGACAGAAUUUAUUUCAAUAUUCUUUCUCUCGGCUUGGUGGUCAGCAGGAGAUGAAAUAACAUUCAAUUGGGAUUGCCUAUUAUUAUUAUUAAUCACUUUUACCAGCAGUUCGUUCUACUUUACAUGAUACGAAUGCACUGUUGUUUCAAUGCAGUCGAAAACGCUUUUAUAUAAUUCCUCUCGCUUCGCGGUUGAUGUCACUUGAAAUAAACAUCAAAUCAUAAUAAUUUA